AUGAUCUUCUAACUCCGUUACAAUACUAAAUUAUCUGAAUCUUUAAACAAUAGCAAAGAUUACUAUUCCAUGCAAAAUACAAAAUGGGUUGCUCCAAGACCAAAUUAACAUAGACUUGAACAUUUGUAAUUCACUUAAAGAAAUAAACCUCGUGCUAAAUAUCCAUAAGAAAUGCUUCUAUGUCUUGUUUCUAAGGGACUUGUUCCCAUAGAGAAAUAAAGAAUAGUAAAUCUAUAAUCUAAUGACACUUCAUGUAAUUAUAAGGAUAUUACAUCUGAAAUCAAAUAAGAAAACCAUCCUUACUACGGUUCAAAACUUAAUCCAUCUAUGUCAGAAGUUGAACGAUGUAACUAAAUUAAAUAACCUCUUAGAAAAUAAAAAAGUAUUACCUCCACUUUAGUUUAUAGCUGUCCGCCCUUAAAUUAGAACUUAAUCAAAAGAUAAAGAUCCCAUUGAAACUUCUACUUCCAAAAGUUGUAAAUUAGUAAGUCCUAUGAUCAAUAGAAGUGAUCAAAAGAAAAAUGUGAAACGCUCAGAAUCCAAAGAUAAUAGUGAUUAAAUUGGCAGAACUUCCUCAACACCUUUUAUUCAUAAAACUCUUCAAAAUGAUAAUUUGACCAGUAGAUCAGGAUCACCAAAUCAAAGAUCAAGUUCUAAACCAACCAAAACUUAAAAAAUAAACAUUUAACCAAAAUUGACAUAAAUAAAUGAGAGGAGAUAUACUCAAAAUCAUUAAGAUUCUCAUGUGUAACCAUAGAGUAAUUUAAAAAUGGCUGAAUCAACUGAUAAGAAAUUACAAGUAAAAAGAAAGAAAAGACAAUUAUAAACAACAUAAUAACAAUAGAUCUUAUAACAACAAAAUUCUUAAAAAGAUAAACUUAAUCAAAAACAUACAUCUUAUCGUUGCUUUAUAAAUAAAAUCAAUUUCUCUAAUAAUCAAUGUAUUUAAUCUCCAUUAAAGAUGGAUGUGCCUGCUUAUUACUUUUAUGUAGGUAAGGGUAAUAAUGGAAGUUUGUUAAAGAAUCUCUUCAGAUAAAGAUGGUGGUGGUAAGAAGUAGAAACAUUGGAUAUGAGCAAAGUGAAUAUGGCUUGGACUUAAUUGAAAUAAAAUACAUGUAUUGAAUGUUUACCUACUUUUAAUAUGGCUACUAAUGAUACAAACUAUAAUAAUGAUUCAUUUAUUUAAAGUAUUGAAGAAACUGUUGUUGAAUCAAGUGAUUCUGAAUUGGAUAUACAUGUUAAACCUAGAUCUGUUCCUGUUUUGAGUAUCAAUUAAUAAUUAAGAUAAUCAAAUCAAUCUAAGAAAAAAUUGUAAAUCACUAAUUUGAAUCAAUUAAAAAGGAUCUUUAAUUAGAUUGAUUUACAUAAAAUUUUAGCCUAUAUGGAAGAAAAUAAUUAGUGGGAUUCAUAAAUUGUAUUUAGUGAUUGUACUGAGAAAUUGCUAAUGUCCAUCAAAGGAGUAAAAAUAUUUACAUAAUUGCUUAGUUGCAAACCUCCAUUCAUUAUGAUAGUAAGAAUUACAAGAUGCAUAAUCAUAUGCAAGACAAUUGGCAUUUGGGAAAUAAGAAAGCACUAUUUUAUAAUAUGAGAAAUUACUUCAAAACUAUUAAGGAAGAUUAUACUAAAUAUAUUCCAAUUACAUUUCAUAUCUAAAAGGGAAUGACUGAUACUGAGUAUUUCAAAUUUGUUGAUUAUUAUAACAAAAGAUAAGAUGAAAUUAAAGAACUCGAACGUAAGUUAUAAUUAGAGUAUCGAAGAGAUAAAAGAUAGAAACCUAUUAAUCUUUGGAUUGUUAAACCAGGUGAAUGUACUAACAGAGGAAAUGGAAUUACUGUUUGUUAAGAUUUAUAAGAAAUCAACAAAAUUUUAAAUGAAGAAUAACCUGAUGGCCGUUAAAGAACUUAUAUUGUCUAAUAAUAUAUUGAUAAUCCAUUCUUAUACAAUAAAAGGAAAUUUGAUAUUAGAUGCUAUAUGUUAUUGACCUCUUAAAAUGGAAUCUUUAAAGGAUACUGGUAUUAAGAAGGUUAUAUUCGAACAUCAUCCAAAGAAUUUACAACUAAAUGUUUAAAUAAAUAUAUACACUUAACUAAUGAUGCUGUUUAAUCAAAAGAUGAGGAUUAUGGUAAAUUUGAGUUUGGUAAUAAGAUCUCCUUUCUCGAAUAUUAAAGAUAUCUUGAUACUUAUCAUCCUUAAUCUAAAUUCAAUUUUUUUAUUGAUAUUUAUCCAAAGAUGAAAAAUAUUGCUUUAGAUCUUAUGAAAGCAUCUUAUGGUAAAAUAGAUCCAUAGAGAAGAUCAAAUAGUUUUGAAGUACAAUAUAAAUUAUAUUCUUAGUUAUUUGGAUUAGAUUUUAUGAUUGAUGAUAAUUUUAAGCUUUGGCUUAUUGAAGCAAACACAAAUCCAUGUCUAGAAUUAUCCUGUCCUCUUUUGAGUAGAAUUAUCCCUGCCAUGGUUGAGAACUUAUUUCGGUAUUUAAACUAUAAUCUAUAUUAUUAGAAUUGCAAUCGAUCCCAUUUUCCCUCCUCCUUAUUUUGAAGAAUGGCCUCAAAAUAAAAGGUUAUUCAUUCCUGAUAAUGUACUUGAGAAUAAUCGAUUUGAUCUUAUAUUUGAUGAAUUAAUAGAGAAGAAGGCUAUGAUCAAUCUAUACAGAGAUAGUAAAGUUGAAUAAGAUUGUUUCAAAAUAGAGGAAGAAGAAGAGGAAGAAGAGAAAGAUUGA